GCAUAACUGAAUUGAACCGAAUAAUAAAAGGUCCAUUAUUUACCGGUAAACGUGAGUAUUGUGCGAAUUACGUCGAGACACAGUUACGUAUCCUUAACACAUGAUGUCAAUAUUUAUUACGCUGUCUUCGCCGUAUCAAGAAUUCACUCAAUCGCAGUAACAGUACAAGAUUUACCUAAACGUUUGUAGAACGAUGGAAAAAUAACCUCCCAUUUUCGUAUACUUUGUGUAUACAAUGCUGAAGUUUUGUCCGUUGUGCGAUAAAAAUGGAUACAAGAAAAAACUUAUGCUCUUCCAAAUCAAUCUCGAGGAGGCCGUGUGGCUUUGCGAGUCUCCGAAGUGCCCUUGGCCGUUUGGAUAUCAGGAAUUCAGAUUUGUGGCAAGAAAAAUCGGGGAGACUUGGUCUGCGACAUGGGAACAGCCCAAGCCGGGAAUAGUGGUAAAAUCAUCUGAACCCGUUCAUAUUUCCCUCAAUGAACUUGGUUUGGAUACUCCGCCAGUGACACCGGGCAGCGGUUACGAAGUGGCACAGAAAGAGUUGUCUAUCGGUGAUGGUACAUGCACAGCGACUAGUCUUAAUUUAAAUACGAACAAUGUGGUUAAAGCCAAAAGCCAUGCUCGAACAAAGAGUGAUGACAGUAAACUGCAAGGUUCCGUUACCAGUGAAUGCGGAAGUAUUGAUGGCGAAAGUAUAGAAAUUGGAUUAAGCAGGGAAGAGGAAACGUUACCGCAUACCAGCAAAAGUAGUGGUUACAGUUUCAAUAGCGAGGAAACGUUGAAUAGUGACAAUCAAAGACUUGGAGUUAGCGUUAAUUUGUCAAAAAUAAGUAGUGAUUUUAGUUUAGAAAAUGAUGUGAAUUUAGAGAGCUUGAGUAAGUCUCGUUUGGAUUCUCAAGAAUUUAUCGAUGCCUGUGAUGCUGCGGAAGCAGCGACGGAAUCGGUAUUUAAUAUUAGUAAACCGUUAGUCAGCAAACCCGCGGCCAGAGCAAUAGACAAUCACAAGAUCUUGAACAAUUUGGAUUAUGUGAAAUCUGAUUCGACUGUAAAAUGUAAAGAAUGGUUGAACGGCAAUACUAAGACUACGGUAAAGAAGGAAUCUUUUCUUCCUGGCGUUGACACUAAGAAGGAAGAGAUCGUCUAUAGGGUUCAAGCGGUGGCGCAGCAAUCAUGCAGUAGGGUGGUAAUAAGUAGCAAAGAAAAUGCAAGUGACGCAAAGCAAUUUCCUAAAGUGCAAAUGAUCCAAAAGUCAAGUGUGAAACCAGUUGAAACUGUCACUUCUCCAGAUCGAAGAAAUAGUAAUAGAUCUCUUCCUGUAGUGGUGACCAAUUUGCCAGAGAAGAAUGAUGCAGUUCCACUGGCAGUACCAAAUAAAAGACAAAAAACAAUUGGAGACAUAACGAAGAAUGUAAACGUUGUGGAAAAAAAGAAGAUUCCCAGUACAAACAUCAUCGAUCGUAUUACCGUCAGCGAUAAACUUGUCCCACAAAAUGCUACAGUUCAGGAUAAUUGUUCCAGUAUUAUUAAAGUGGAGCAGAAGACUGUAGUCAUAGAUGGCUUACCGCCGAUAAAUGUAUCGUAUGAGAUCCCAAGUUUCGGCGAAAUGUACCGUGCUCUUCACAGUUCAAAGUAUAGCGAUGUAACGAAAAAUGUGAAAGUGGAAAUUGACCCAGGUCAAGAACCAGUGGCUGACAAUUCUAUUUUCUCCAUUCAUACCAAAGCUGAGUUUGUCACUGAUUGUGAGAUUAAAAAUAGUCCAUCUACAACCAGUAUUAUAACUAAGGUUGACACUACAUCGAUAAAAAAACCAUUGAAACGAAUGAUUAACAAGACUAAUAAAUAUCAAGGCUUCAACUUUGAUUCAUUAAAGAAAAAAUCCAAAAGUAAUUCUCUGGGCCAAAGCGACGAGAAUAAUAAAACUAGUGUUCACAAUGUACCAUCGCCUGAUAACGCUUCUACGUGUUCCGAUUUCACAUAUACAUCAGAAACGUCAUGCGUUACCACAGUUAUUAAUGAUUCAAAGUUAGGAUCUGUUGGUUCUAUUAACAACAGUAACCUGAAGUCUAGUUCUGGCAUGGAGAAUUUCAGUAUGGCAGUAUCAAGCUCAGAUUCAAAAGGCAAUAAUAUGUUUACUCCAGAGAACGAUGCAGUGCUGGAUUCAAGUUUAAGUCUAGACAUGGUUUUAGAUGACUUGCUGCUCAACGAUAGUGAAAACUUGCCGCAAACUUUUGGAGACGAUUGGUUAACGUCUUUGUUCAAUUAAUUCUAAAACUGAGCGGUUCGAUAUCAAACAGUUGCAAUUGCUGCCUGGGAUUAGUAUGUAAAAAUGGCAAAUUGUUUUUUUUAAUUGUUAGCGAAAUGAACCUUGUGGACUGUUACUGCAGGAGAAAAUGUACAAAUAACAUAAUUUUAAUUAAGAAUAGCUUACAGCACACUAGCGAACUCAGUCCUGAUUUACCAUUAAACAAUACCGGAUAUUAUUCAAUUCAAACAAUGUUGUUUAAAAAUAAUAUUUGUAUAGUUUAGGUCAUGUACAACAAAUGGUACAUCAAACGACAAUUACUACCAAAUGUUUGACAAUUCAUACUUGAUGAAAUUUAUUCAUUGAAUUACUGGCAAAUUUAAUUAGAGUCAAACCUGCAUGAAUGAAUAGCCAUUGUAUGAACGUUAUUAUUUGUCAACGUUUUAAUUCACACGUUCGAUAUUUAAUUUCACUACAUACAUACAUAUUUUUAUAUUCUUAAUAUUGCUUUGUACAGUUGA